AUGAGGACGGUCUCACCCACUACAUUCUACCUCAUGAAUACACUGCUAUGUGCGCAAUACGUAUAUGCUACUCUGGGUCCUACAGACUUGACUCUCAAUUCUAUGUGCACUUCUCAAUCUCAAAACACUGCUGGGCUGUGUGCAAACAAUACUUGUAUUGCUCAAAAGGCUUGUGAUAAUAUGCCGGGGGAUGUGGAUCCUACUGGCUGGAUUUCUGUAGCGAAUCCACAAUGUGAUAGUCAGGUUGUAUUUGAUGUUGACUGGAGUGCUACAAAUGGAGUUCAAAAAGUCGGCUUGGUCAAGUUCCUAUGGGGCGACCGACAAAGUGGAGCCGUGUUACUCUCAUUCAAGGCUCCUCCACCAGCUACUGUGGAUUAUGUUGCUGUCAACAUUGGGUACCAGAACAACCAAACGGAUAAAUACAACUACUUUGACCUGGAAGGAGCUGGGAUGGCUCCUUCGGCUAUUGGACUCAGGCUUGUAUUCUCUCAGUUGACUUUGAAUCAAGGAACUUGCUAUGUCGCCAUGCAAGAGGUCGCUGCAUAUUCUUCUGACGGAAACUUCUCAUCUGCACCAUCAUCAGGACUAAACACUGGAGCCAAAUUCGGCAUAGCAAUAGGCGUCAUUUUGGGAGCCGGGCUUCUUGCUGCUGGAGCACACUUUGUCACGAAGCAGUUCAACGCGAAGAAUCGUCGCAAUGAUGUUUCGUUGAAGAUUAUUUCUGGUGAGCAUCAAACUGCUGAAGCUCCAGCAGUGAAUCCGUUCCGUGAUCCUUCGUUGAGGGCAGUUCCUUUGUAA